GGGCGCCGUCCUCACGGUAACGGCGGCGUCGCUGUGCGUCUUCCGGCUCGGCCCGUCGCUCCGGCCGGCCCUCCCGCUCUGGCCAUGCUGGCCGAGGCGGACCAGGAGGAGGAGGAGGAUUUCCAGCGGUUCCUCCGCCGUGUGGACGACAUCGCCAACUUAAUGCAAGGCUUGAACUCUGCAGACCCAGCUGUCAAGGAAAGAACCAUUGCAGAAGCAGAGAAGAGGCUCCAUGAUCAAGAAACUAGCCGGGAGGAAGAAAGCAAGACUACGGUGAACAGAACAGUCAUCAACACACGAGCUUCUGAUGUGGCAAAUGCAAAGGCAGUGAACGCAGAUGGCUUUCUGGCAAUUUUGGAAAAGGAUGCAAAAGAACGAGCUAAACAAAGGAAGAGAAAUGAACACUUGGCAAAUGCUCUGAAAGAGAAGGGAAACGAUGCCUUCAGGAAAGGAGACUAUGUUGUUGCCAUUCAGAGAUACACUGAAGGUCUGGAAAAACUGAAAGAUAAGCAGGAACUUUACACAAACAGAGCACAGGCCUACCUGAAGAUGCAUGAGUGUGAAAAAGCCAUUACUGACUGUGAAUGGGCGUUAAAGUGCAAUGAAAAAUGUAUUAAAGCCUAUUUUCUAAUGGGGAAAGCUCACCUGGCACUUAGGCACUACAGUGAGUCCAGGCAGUGUUAUGAGAAGAUCUUACAAAUUGAUCCCCAGAAGGAAACCCUAUUUAAAGAUUGUAUGAACGAGGUAAACUUGGAGGAAAAAAGAAUGAAAGAUGAAGAGAGAGCAAUGAAGGAAGUUCAGUCUGGAAAGCUUGCUGCUCUGUCCAUAAAAGAAAUGCUGCAGAAACUUGAUAGGCCUGACCAGAAUAUCCUCUACUAUACAGGAGGGAUCAGACUUUUGACAGGAGCCAUGAAAGAUUGCACUGAGCAAACUUUAUUUAGAACAAACAAUGGAUUCAGUAUCCUCAAAGACAACGAGAUUGUAAGAUGGGGCUUCUGUGCAGAGAGAAAAAACGCUGCUGAAGCGGAUCUGUCUGUUUCUCUUCUCUUCCUUUGGCAAGCUGUCUGCACUGGGAAUGAAGAAAAUCAGCAUCUUCUAUUGACUCAACCUGAUGUGAAUGCACAGCUGCCAAAACUGCUUUCUUCUGGGGUAUCGGAGAUCCAAAAGGAGACAUUGGCACUAAUUUCUCUUUACUCAGAGAAUGAGAAUGGGAGGAGACUGCUGGUCAGGCACCUGGACCUAACCAAAUGGCUGCAGAUUUUGAUGACGUUUGUCAAAAGCACUGAUGCCAGGGCUAGCAGUGCCAUGAACAUACUAUCUGAUUUAACUAAAGAGGAAAGGUUCAAAACCCAGUGUCGUGUCAUGCUUUCCACAGGUGUUUUACCUUUAUUCACCCACUUGCUGACCUCUGCCAAGCUGGUGAACCAGGCAGCCCUUGCCCAUUGCAUUGGCAUCAUGGGGAAUCUGUGUGCAGAUGUAGUCAUCCGAAUGCAGAUGGCUGAGUGCAAAGAGUGCUGGCAAGCAUGCUUAAAGCUUGUGGAUGAAUGCUUUGAUGUCAGCACACCCAAAUACCAGGAGUGUUUGUUUGCAGUGCUGGGCCUAAUGAUGAAUUUACUGCUUGAAUCAAAUGUGAUCAUCCAGCAAUCACCUGGACCUGAGUUUUUCACAUUGUUGUUUCAGUACUUUGCUGUGGACAUAAGUGGCAGGUGCAUGUCUCUCCUCAGGGAUAAGGAUGGAAGGAUUGUGACAAGAGCCAUUGGAGUGCUAAGUCGCAUCCUGCCAGCAUCCUCCUCGGCAGUAGAAGAAGUAGUGAAAGGAGGGGUGGUGAAGAAAAUUAUCAGAGUCUUGAAAGCUGGAGGACAGAUCACAUCCAAUUAUGGUAUAAAGACCCUUUCCAUCUGCACAAGAAGUAAUAGACAAGCUCAAGAAGAUCUAGUGAAGUCAGACAAAAGGUUCAGUGUGCUGCUGAAGCUCUUGGACUCAGAGAAUGAAAUGAUUGUGGGAAAUGCUGCUUUCUGCCUUGGCCAGUGCCUUGCAGUUCCUGGAGCAGCGACAUCCUUACUGAAUUCCAAUGUUGUGAUGAUUUUGUUGAAACAUGCUGGUGGUGAUGCUACAAGAACUUCAGUGCAGGAGAAUGCAGCAAUUGCUCUGGGGAAGCUUUGCGUCGCUGAAUCAAGGCAUAUUUUUCAGCUGCGGAAACUCAAUGGACUGGCCAUCCUGAACUCCUCUAUGAAAUACAUUCAUAGCAUCUGAAGUCUUCAAGAGAGCUUCGAAAUGUGCUGUUAAUAUCAUUUGCUGUUGAGUAUUUUCUUCUUUUCUUUAAUAAAACUAACUCAAAGCACAUCAACUUUUCAAUCCCUUUUCAAAGUCCCCCAUAGAAGCCAGUGAAACAAUAUCAAUAUAAGUAUCAGGAGAAAGAAGUUAAUUUAUUAUCUAGGCUAACAACUACAAUAAGAGCUUUCGUUAAGCUUGUCUUUGCUUUAAUAAAUCAUGUUGCCCUCUCUUACUG